CGGAGGAGCAGAGCUGCUUUUCAGCGGUCAGAAGGAACAUCAUGUGACGCUGCCGAGCCAAUCAGAACCCUGGGACAUGAAGCAGCUGCUGGUUUGGAUCCAACGGAACCUCCUGAAGGAACGACCCGAGCUCUUUGUUCAGGGAGAUUCUGUGAGGCCUGGGAUUCUGGUGCUCAUCAACGAUGCCGACUGGGAGCUCAUGGGGGAGCUGGACUACCAGCUACAAAACAACGACAACGUCGUGUUUAUUUCCACUCUCCACGGAGGAUAAAAAAAAUGAACAUCUGGACACGUAUAGAAGCUUUUAAGAUUUUUCUACACAUCUUCUGAACCUGAACCCCCCCCUCCUUCGUGUUUCCACAUCUCAACAGCGAGCCUCCUGAUUGGACGCUGAUGCCGCGUCGACACRUCGAUGAGGAACGAGAUCUGAGAAAACUGAGAAAUUUUGGAUCAAAUAAAUCAGCCCUGAAGAAGAAAGAAAACAUUAUCGUGACUGUAAAUAAAAUGAGCUCAUUUUCAGCUGAAGAAUUAAGGGUGAUUAUAAAUUUGCUGGCAGUUCUAAUUCAAAAACUGUUUCUAUUAAAUCAUUCAUAAAUGGA